AUGGUCGAGGAACUCCUCGCGUUACAACAAUUGUCAGUAGUUUGGUGCGGUUUUUGGAUUGGUGGGUUAAUUAGUCCGUAUUUUUACGAGAAUGUUGGUUUGCAACGUAUAGAUGCUUUACCGAACAAUACUAUGGAUUCCAUUUUAUUAUUUUACCUUUGCGGUUGUGCCAUUGCCAAGGAUGCUGCCGUAGGCGAUAACAAAUCAGCGUUAUCAUCUGUCAUUGAUAAAAAGUCGAUGAAAAGUGUUGAAGAAUUAAAAACGAAAACGGAUAAGAGAGAUUCAUCUGAUCAAACUUUUGUUCUACGUUUGAAUACGGGCGAAGAAUCAUUUCGUCCAAUAUUGGGUGCAAAUUAUGAUCAAUAUCAAGUAGCCUCUUCUGCUCAGGCGGUAUAUGAUAAGGGUCCAACACCAGGUGGUAGUGGUGGGGUUGGCGUUGGUGGCAUACACUAUGCCAGCGGCGCAGUGAUAUCGCAACAGAACAUAGUUUAUGCGGUGCCACAUAAUACUCCUCAAAAUCGUGAACGCAAUCCCCAUAUUCAAUCAGCAUUGCAGCAACAACAAGAGCAGCAAGCACACUCACUGCAACCGCAACCAGUGCAGCAUGUUGUACGCGCAGCAUUACCGCAGCCACAGAAAAUUCAAUAUGUUAUUGCAAUACCGAUGUCAUAUUUACGUCAAUUGCAACAACAAUUGGUACAACAACAGCAACAGCAAUUGCAUCCACAACCACAACAUGUGAAUCAGGCCCCCACUCAACAGGCACUAGUUGCAUCCCCGUCAAUUACUACAGUUGGUGGCCUUCGUUUCGCUCAUCGGUUCAAUCCGUCAUCAGGCAGUGAUAUCACACCCGUCGCCGGGCUAACGAAGGUGCCAUCAUUGCCGGGCUAUACCACUCAACUUGUCCAAAUACCAACCAGUGUACUUGUAGCAGCUGCUCAAGCAGCCGCUGCUUAUCAACGACCAAACCAUCAGCCCGUCUAUCAACAACAUAGUCAGCCCAUUCAACCUCAAGCCACUCAACAGCAUUACGUUUAUCAGCAACACGCUCAACCGCCAAAGCAUCCCCAGUCACCAGGUCAGAUUAUUCAGCAAGGACCACUUUAUGCCAUUCAUAUACCGCAACAGCAACAGCCGCUUGUACCCGCAUCCCUGGCACCGUACCAAAUAAUUCAUUCACAACCGUCAAGCGCUAGACAACAACAGCCGGCGCUUGUACGCAUUGGCAGCUUAUCUCCGCCAGGCAAUCAAUUGGCGACUCAACAAGUGGCAGGAACACAACAUGUUCCCGUGCAACAACAACAGCAACACCAGCAACCGCCACAAUCGGUGUCAGAGUACAAUAUUAAGCAGCAGCAGCAGCAGCCGCAACCGCCACCAGUAGUGGCACCAGCAUAUCAACCGGCCAUAACCUAUAAUCCGCAGUUUAUAAUACAACGGAUACCGUUACAGCAUCAACAGCAUUUCGUACAACAGCCACCAGCUGGUGUCGAAGAGAAUCUAAAUUAUGCGCCUUACACUCAGGGCAUACCAGGCAAUCCCGCCCCAUUGCCCUUCAUACGUAUAGCUACACCACAUCCAACGCAUUAUUAUCCCUUUUUGCCUUCACCUGAGGUGCAGCAACCAAUUUAUGUAAGUAAUUUACCGACAUCCGUAAACAAGGUGGCGCCCUAUGCGAAUGUCGCUUUACCACCAACUUAUGCCAAUCAAGAUAUUGGGGUAGGUCCCGAUACCGGAGUUCCCGGCCCUGCUGUACGUUACUUUAAUCAUCACGGUGGCGUACAUUAUGGCAAUCAAAUAUUUCAUACUGUGUCUGCACCGACGGCCUCCAGCAAACUGGCAGAUAGCACAGCAACUUCUAAUAUUCAGCCAAAACAAUUGCACAACUACUUAAGUAUACCCGGCACAGCUACCCCGGCCUUACCUGCAGCACCGAAACGAACUGGUGGACCGACAGCUGCUGCUGACAGUCAAACAGUGUGUCAGCAAGUGCGACUCGCAUCAAGUCAGGGCGAAGAUUAUUUUAUAAUUUCUACUUCGAAUGAAUCGAAAGAUUUGAAAAUGGAUAUUUUUAAUGGUGAAAUCAAGCAACACAAUAAUUCAGUGCGCCGUGUAUUGUGGAUUGCUCCAGAAGUUACACGGGACUAA